AAAACGAUCAACUUCAAGACUUCACAUUAACGCGUGAGCACGUGACGUUAUCGAUAAAGCGACCGCUCCUUAUCCCCAAAUAGCGAUAGCUGCCUGGUAUUGAAGCUGUGACAGCGGCGAGCGUAUUGGUUUCAAACAAAGAACUUCAAAAAUGACAGAGGAAGUAAUGCCAGAUCGGACAACUGGUCCCGAGUCGCAACAGAGAUGGAAAUACCUUGAUACUAUCCUGAGCCGACCUGGUCCUUUCACAGAUCCAGAUUGGGAACCAGGCCCACCCGUCAGAUCAGCAUUACAGAGUGCGAAGAUAUUGUGCUCAUGUUUGUAUAUGAUAUUCAUAGCAUGCAUACACACGCUCAUUUUGGACAGAGGCGCCGGUGGCCUUGGCUGUGAGAUUCUGAAGAAUCUCGCCCUCUCUGGCUUCAAGGACAUACAUGUUAUCGACAUGGAUACGAUUGACGUAUCCAAUCUAAACAGGCAGUUUUUGUUUCGGCAGGCCGAUGUAGGCAAGCCGAAAGCAGAAGUUGCUGCUAAAUUUGUGGAAAAGCGCGUGAAGGGCGUGAAGAUCACGCCUUUCUGCGGAAAGAUCCAAGAUAAGGAUGAAGACUACUAUCUCCAGUUCACCAUGGUCGUUUGUGGUCUGGAUAGCGUUGAGGCUCGGCGGUGGAUGAAUGCUACUCUGGUUGGCAUGGUGGAUGAAAACAAUCCGGAAAGCAUGAAGCCUCUGAUCGAUGGUGGCACUGAAGGAUUCAAAGGUCAAGCGAAAGUCAUCUUCCCAACCAUGACUUCCUGCAUAGAAUGUCAACUCGAUAUGAAUGCCCCAAGAGCUGCUGUGCCUCUAUGCACAUUGGCAACAAUCCCACGACAACCUCAGCAUUGCAUCGAGUGGGCUCAUAUAAUUGCAUGGGAAGAGGAACGCAAGGGUGACUCUCUUGAUACCGAUGACCCGGAGCACAUUACCUGGCUUUAUCAGAAGGCUUUGAAGCGAGCCCAAGAGUUCAACAUACCUGGAGUCACGUAUUCAAUGACGCAAGGUGUUGUCAAAAACAUCAUUCCAGCGAUUGCAUCGACAAACGCCAUUGUAGCUGCAAGCUGUUGUAACGAGGCUUUCAAGAUUGCUACGAAUGCGAACCCGUUCUUGGGCUUUCCUGGCACUAAUAACUACAUGAUGUACACUGGAGAUGCAGGUGUCUACACUUAUACCUUUGAGCAUAUGAAGAAGGAUGAUUGUCCAGUGUGCGGAAAUCUGGCAAAACCCCUCGUAGUCGAUCCAGAUUCUAUCCUCCAGGACUUCAUUGACAGCUUAGCCGAAAGACCUGAAGCACAACUUAAAAAACCUACGAUUCGCUCAGAAGAGAAGUCGAUAUACUAUCAGUCACCACCGGCGCUCGAACAGCAAACGCGACCCAACUUGACAAAGAAGCUUUCGGAGCUACUUACGGAUGGUGAAGAGGUGGCUAUCUCGGACCCUGCAUUUGCGAUUACGUUCAAGUUCAAGUUGAUCUUCAAAUCAUGACCCUAAUUCAUAGGGCCAGAAAGUCUCGCUUCAGCGGCAGACUGCGACUCGAAGUAUUUUGGGAACCCGUGGGGGCGUUUUGGUUGAUGUUUGUGCCGUUACUUUCCCAUUGGAGGCUUUGGAGCCGUGGAAUCGCGCGCAUUUGUUGCAC